AUGUCGACCCCAACUCCACUCCUCAGCGCCCUGCGCCUCGCCUCCCGCCGAACCGCGACCUCUCUCCGUCCCCUCCUCCCAACAGCGCAGCACCGCGCCCUCGCGUCCGUUACGUCGCAACACAACUUUCCCACCCGCGCCCCUGCGGCCCCAGUGCCAAUCCCCAGCUACACCUACCGCGCCUUCGCGUCCUCCUCCGGCCGCUCGCCCGCCGACGAGGUCGCAGAGCGCCUGCAAGAGAUGUAUUCCGAGGCGAAGGACGAAUUCGAGAUCGCGUGUGAGAGCACGGAGGCGAAUGCCAUGUAUGCGCGCGACGAUCGCGAUGUGACGAGGGAGGAGCUGGAGAAGCUGAAGAAGGCGUGGGCGGAGGCGAUUGAGGGGGAGGGAGAGGUGCAGCAGGAGUUGAAGGGGAGGGCGUUUGGGCAGAGGAUUAAGGAGUUGGAGCAUGCGGUGAUAGCGCUGGAAGAGAGGGCGAUAGAGGAGUCAUCGAAUCAGAAAUCUUGAUAAGAGCUGGCGUGGGCUAUGGAAUGGCUGUAUCAUGUUUUGAUAGUGGCUUUGGAGCAUUGGCAUCAUACUCAAAUGGCAGGCUGGCGCUGGGAAAUGUACAAUAUUGGACGUUAUAGACGGGCAUACACAUGUUCAGUGUCGUUGAUCCGGCAUUUCAGGCGCAAUCAUCUAUAGAAGAAACACAGGAAGACGGGCGCUCAUCCGCAAAAAAUAAUCCAUACAACAUCUUAAAAACACCAACUCAAUGCAAGUACAAAAC